AUGACGCCACACACCAUCCGCUGGGGCAUCAUCUCGACGGGCGGCAUCGCGACCACCUUCUCAAAGGACUUACUGGUUGAUCCGGCGACGCGCGGGGUAACGGAUGUGAGGCACAAGAUUGCUGCGGUCGGCUCGCGUUCUGUCCCGUCGGCGCAGGCGUUCAUCGACAAGCUCAAGGCCGCAUCUGGGCCGAGUAGCUGGGGCGCGCAGAACGGGGGACUUGAGGGUACCAAGGCGUACGGCACAUACGACGAGGUGUAUGCAGACCCCGACGUCGACGUCGUGUACAUCGGUACACCGCACCCUUUCCACCACCAGAACGCCAAAGCUGCCCUCCUGGCUGGCAAGAACGUGCUGUGCGAGAAGCCGUUUGUGAUGGACGUCGCUGAGCUGGAUGAGUUGAUUGCGAUCGCCAAGGAGAACAAGGUCUUCCUCAUGGAGGCGGUGUGGACGCGGUUCCAGCCCAUUGCAUAUGCCGUUCAAGAGGCCAUCCAGUCCGGUAAACUUGGGAGGCCGCGACGCGUCACGGCCGAGUUGUCGUCGUUCGCUCAUAUCGAUGACAGGGCAGAUGACGACCGCAUGAUCGACCCCAAGCUGGGCGGCGGAGCACUUUUGGACCUCGCACCGUACCCUGCCGUAUGGAGCAUGCUUGCGCUCCACCAGCACCCGCAGAACACGGAUAUGGAGCCCCAGGUGCUCGACUUUAGCCAGAGAAUCUACAAACGCAACGGCGUCGAUGAGAUGUCGGCGUUUACGGUCAAGUGGGAGGGGUUGGCUGAGGCGCGCCUCCUGAACGACUUUACGGCGUGGACGCCGCGCGAUAACGCCUGUGUCAUCGACUGCGACAAGGCCCAGCUCAUCAUCGACCACCCCCUGUACCGUCCUGAACGCUUCCGUAUCGUGCCCCACCCGCAGACCGUCGCUGGCAGCUCCGAGUCCGAAGCGCCUGCCGUCAAGCCCGACGACAUUACCGAGGAGACCGAGCACCGGUUCUCCAUUCCGGCCGGUAACGGGAUGCACUACGAGGCGGACCACGUCGCGCGCUGCCUCCGCGACGGCAAGCUCGAGAGCGACCGUAUGCCCCUCGCCGAGAGCCGCGUCGUCCAGGGCUGGCUCGACACUGUGCGCAAGGGUGGCAACUCGGUCCUCAAGGACUGGCCUCACAUCGCUGGCAACUGGUGA